GAGGCAGGUGAGUAUCGAGGAUACAAAAUCAUGAAGAAACGCGGCAGGCAGGGGAGUUGGGGGUCUUUUCCUGCUCCCCCCUCUUUGUCCGGGAUCCGUCACGCGUCCCGAUUUUAGGCUUUGGGGCUGGAGGGUUUCAUUUGGACAAAACCUUCUUUGUUGCGGGCUAUCCAUCGGCUCGCCAUCGGGAAACUCAGUUUGUCCGAGCGGGUGGCACAGAGAGAGACAUGGCUGAUGGCCGGGCCUGGGCAUCGUCCCGUUUCUUAUUUGAUUUGGAUAGUAGUCAUCAUGGGCCACAGCAUAAAAGGACAGGCAGCAUCUUGCUUCCCUCCCUUUCCUGAUAGCUUCGCUGAUUGAUCUUGCUUACAGCCGUCGUUGCCAUCCUCUCUCUCACGUGCAUCUUCUCUUAGUAACAUUGGUUUCGCUGGUCGAGCUUCUGGAUUACCAAUGGCCCACAACCGCUUCAUCGUUGGAGUCGAUUUUGGCACCACCAAAUCAGGCAAGCCAGAAAUCGUUCCCCUUGCCCCCAGUCCCCGAUCUCCUUGGAUCCUGGAGCUAACUUGGACGUGGUCCUCAGUGGUGUCAUAUACCCACACCACAUCAACUCAGGAUCCCACCUGGUGGCGGCCCAACCGAGGAAGCUGGAUCAUUCCAUCGGUGAUGGACUACGACGAGGAGGGUCGGCUAGUUUGGGGCCAGCCAGCCACGAAGCGGCCGAACCCUCUUGUGUGGGCCAAGUUGUUGGUGGACGGGUCCCCCGACGUCGAUGUGGCUGGCAGCAACCUCCAGGACAUCCUGAGAGGUCGUUUCAACGACCUGGGCGACCGGUCCCUGACGACGGUGAUUGGGGACUACCUGGGCGCCUUGCGGGCCGGGGUGGUGGCCGACCUGAAGGCGCACGAUCUUCAGCCUCAGGUCGACUGGCAAGGGCAUCUUCCGCGCAGCGGUAGAGCGGGCCGGCUUUGCACGGGAGGGCCACCGAGUGUUUUCUCUGUCCGAGGCGGGGGCCUCAUCCAAGCCGGGGACGCAGUGGUGGUCUGCGACUGCGGCGGCGCCACGACAGACCUGGCAACCCUGGUCAUGGACGCCAACGACCAGUUUGACCUCCAAGGCCAGGCGAAACGGGCCAGUGAGAGAUGCGGUGGGGCAGACAUUGAUCUGUCCCUCCUGCGCAACCUCACCCUCCGGACCAACCCCCCGGCCAAUGCCGCCGAGGCCGCCGAUGCCCGCCUGGCCGUCCGCAUGGCCAAAGAACAUUUCACGGGUGAUGGGCCGGUGCCGAUCCCGUCCCAGCCGAGGGAGGGCUGGCCUGGAAUGUCACGGGCGUACCGAUUCACCAAGACUGCGUGCCGCAAUGCAUUCAAGGUCGUGGUAGAGAACGUUGUGGGCCAAAUCCUGGAUCAGAUCAGCCAGGCGGGAACAAGGAUCACGAAAUUGAUCCUCCUAGGCGGCGUGGCUACGUCCCAGUACUUCCGGGACCAAGUCCUCGACGCUCUUCGACGCGUCCUUGGAAACCAGCUGCCGACUUUGCUGCCCCCGUUUCCGAAUGCCAUCGGAGCCGUCUCUGCCGGGGCGGCGCUGCAGGGCCGGAACCAUGGCCGGCCGCGGUAUUUCCAGAGCCACCGAACCUACACCAUCGCCCUUCCCCGAGUCGACUGGGCCGCCGCACAGGGACCCCAGGAGACGCAUCAGCUCCAUAUCGCCAUCUCGCCAGGUCGUCUGCCCCCCUUCAACUCCAGUGUUCUCUCGGGCUCCUUCGACACGGUGCUGGGGUUCCGGCCAAACCAGCAGGGGCCUCACAUCGCUACUUGUCGGCGCGGUGAUCCAACAAACCCUAAUCGAGGUUAG